AUGGCAAAGGUGACCCUGGCUAUUGCCUGCCUCAAGAACAGGUACGGCACUGAGGAGAGGAGGAAGCCAGUUACCCCGGCCAUGCUGAGGUGGCUCCGAGCCCACCUUUGGGCAGGCCACCUUUCGGAGCAGGAGGCCUCGCUCCAUUCGGCCUCCUUUUCCCUCGCCUUUUGCUUUCUGCUCAGAGCAUCAGAGUACCUCGAUGAGGGAUACGUCUCAACGGAGAGGGGAAUUAGGGGAACCGAUGUGCGGCUCUUCAAAAACGGAGCCCUUGCAGCUACGGUGAGAUCGACUCCGCGGACGGGGGGAGAGGUGAGAAGCCACUUCCGCUCCGGACUGGACAUAUGCCCAGUGCAGUCCACGAUCGAACUGUUCCGGGUUUUCCACUCCGCUAACCGGCAUGCAGAGGGCAAGCCACUGCCCCGGGCAGUGAUCACGGCUCUAUUCCAGAAGGCGGCCGCAGCUCUCGGUGAGCCGGAGGGGAGCUUCGUCUCUCUGGUCGGCCUGUGGGAACUUUUCCAGCGUGAAACGCUUUGGAAGGUGGUCAUCGGAUAG